AGGGGCGAGUGCAAUGGUCCUCCGAACAUCUCCGGCGACGGGGAGGAAGAGAGCCCGAGGAGGGAAGCCAUUUCGAAAGACCCGCACUCCAGCCACCGGCGUACAGACACGUCACAUUCUUCGCGGAGCCCAGAUCGUCCCGGAAUUGGACGAGAGAGGCGCGUCUGCCUUCUCCUCUCUCUUUUUUUUCCUAGUUCCAAAGCUCCUGAAGGGCGCGGCUUCUGCCAUAGAAUUCUCCAAUCUAUGGUUUCGGUUUCCAGCUGGUUUCCUUCCGGGCUACAGGGUCAACCGGAAGUAGGAAGAAGAGGGGCUGGAGGGAGUAGGAUGGUGGUGGGUCCGGGAGGUGGCGGGGGCUUCGGGAUGGUGCUGCCGCCCCUGCUCUUUCUUCAGCUCCUCCUGGCCGGGACCGUGCCGCGAGGAGCCGCUGAGCUCACGGAUGGCAACAGCGAGCACCUAAAACGGGAGCAUUCCCUUAUCAAACCUUACCAAGGGGUUGGCUCCAGCUCGAUGCCCCUCUGGGAUUUUCAAGGAAGCACAAUGUUGACCAGCCAGUAUGUUCGACUGACCCCUGAUGAGCGCAGCAAAGAAGGUUCUAUUUGGAACAGAGUGCCCUGCUUCCUAAAGGAUUGGGAACUCCAUGUUCAGUUCAAGAUCCAUGGAGCAGGAAAGAAGAAUCUGCAUGGGGAUGGUUUUGCUUUGUGGUACACUCAAGAACGCCUUACUACAGGCCCUGUUUUUGGAAGCAAAGAUAACUUUCAUGGCUUGGCCAUUUUUCUGGACACCUAUCCAAAUGAUGAAGCUACAGAGCGUGUUUUCCCAUACAUCUCUGCCAUGGUGAACAAUGGAUCCGUGUCCUAUGACCAUAGCAAGGAUGGCCGUUGGACAGAGCUGGCAGGCUGUACAGCUGACAUUCGUAAUCAAAACCAUGACACAUUUUUGGCUAUCCGCUACUCCCGGGGACGUCUGACGGUGAUGACAGAUGUUGAAGAUAAAAAUGAAUGGAAAAAUUGCUUUGAUGUUGCAGGAGUCAGACUGCCCACUGGCUACUACUUUGGAGCAUCUGCUGGUACAGGAGAUCUGUCUGACAAUCAUGAUAUCAUCUCAAUGAAGCUGUUCCAGCUGAUGGUAGAACAUACACCAGAGGAAGAAAAUAUUGAUUGGACAAAGAUUGAGCCUAGUGUCAGCCUCCUCAAGUCACCCAAAGAUAAUGUUGAUGACCCAACAGGAAACUUCCGUAGUGGACCUUUGACAGGCUGGAAAGUCUUCCUGUUGCUGUUGUGCUCUCUGCUUGGCAUCAUUGUGUGUGCUGUGGUGGGAGCUGUGGUCUUCCAGAAACGCCAGGAGCGGAACAAACGAUUUUACUAGCAGGGGGUGUGGGCCCAGAUUCUGGGCGCUUUGGGAAUAUUUUUUUACAGUGGGGGAGGGAGAAUUGUAUAAACUCUGAUUUUUAAAAGGCUCUUUCAGAGAAAUAUAUGGAAUAUUUUCAUAUCUUUUUUUGUCUUGGGAACACUAGCCAGACAAGCUGUGUCAAACAAUUUGGAAUAGAAGGUGUAGCCCUAAUUAGGAGCCUGGUUUUUCUCUUUCCUGAAUGGUAUUCAGAGUCAUUCGGCUUAUUUUUUAACAUCUUGAUUUAAGGGAAAAAGCAAAUGGAGCUGUGUUUAGAUGUGAGAAAUUGUAAGUAUUCCUCCUCUGUGGAGCAUGGCUCUGCAUGCCAGCUUUUAUCAGCUGGUGGUUUCUCUAACAGGAUAGUAUUUCCAUACUCCUGCUAACCCUGCUGGGGUAUUUUUUUAUACAGCCCACAGACAAAUCAACUGCAACGUGGGUGUUUUGAACUGAAUGUACUUUGUAUAGUCUCAGAGCUUCUGGUAUUACUGGGACUGAGACUAGACUACCCCACAACAACUAGUAACCAUCAAAUGUGAUUUUCUCCUUUGGUGAUGGAAACUGUGAAUGCAUUGACUUGGGAGAGUGGAAGGUUGAUUUUUCCCCCCAGUCACUGUGGAGUAUGUGCUACUAUUUGGUGACAGACGCUGAAACUCCAUAUCAUUAAGCAUCUGAAAUUGGUGAUUCUGGUGACAGGAUUGUAUUUUGCCAUAGCCACAUCACUGUAUGUGCAUUUGGAAGACAAUUGGUUGAAAAGAAAUGUGUGAAAUAAAAAGGAAAAUGGAUCUUA